AUGAUAUAUUUUACGUUUUUGUUAAGCGUUAUUCUUGUUGUUAGUUUUAUAGGGUUUUCUUCUAAGCCUUCUCCCAUCUAUGGGGGGGUGGGAUUGCUUGUUAGUGGGGGGGUUGGUUGUAGUAUUGUGGUUAGUCUUGGGGGGUCUUUUUUAGGGUUAAUAGUGUUUUUGGUUUAUUUGGGGGGAAUGAUGGUGGUGUUUGGAUAUACUACUGCCAUGGCUAUUGAGGAGUACCCUGAAGCUUGGGGAUCGAAUGUUGUAGUUUUGGGGGCUUUGUUGUUGGGGUUGAUGAUAGAGUUAUUUGUAGUGUUGUGAAUAGUGUGUUAUGAUGAGGUAGAAGUUGUUAUUAGUUUUAAGAAUAUGGGCUAUUGGGUGGUUUUUGAGGGGGAGGGGACGGGUUAUUUUCAUGGGGAUUCUACGGGUGUAGCUGCGUUAUAUAGUUAUGGGUGUUGAUUGGUGGUGGUGGCUGGGUGGUCUCUGUUUAUAGGUGUUGUUAUUGUUAUUGAAAUUACUCGGGGUGGUUAA